AUGGCUUCUGCUAUGCGCUUGAGCUCCAAUGCUCUGCGGAUGUCCCUGCGGACAUCGUCCGCUUUCGGCGCCCGCAACACUGCCUUCAGUGCUGCCCGCUGCUACUCGGCCAAGACCCAGACCCUGAAGGAGCGCUUCGCCGAGCUUCUGCCAGAGAAGAUCGAUGAGAUCAAGUCGUUCCGCAAGGAGCACGGCAACACGGUGAUCGGCGAGGUCACGAUCGACCAGGUAUACGGCGGUGCCCGCGGCAUCAAGUCGCUCGUCUGGGAGGGCUCCGUCCUGGACCCCGUGGAGGGCAUCCGGUUUCGUGGCAAGACGAUUCCGGAGUGCCGCGAGGUGCUGCCCAAGGCAGUCGGCGGCACAGAGCCGCUGCCCGAGGGUCUCUUCUGGCUGCUGCUGACGGGCGAGGUCCCGACGGAGCAGCAGGUGCGCGACCUGUCGGCCGAGCUGGCCGCUCGCUCGGACGUGCCCAAGUUCGUCGAGGAGCUGAUCGACCGCUGCCCGACCGACCUGCACCCGAUGGCGCAGUUCUCGCUGGCCGUGACGGCGCUCGAGCACAACUCGUCGUUUGCCAAGGCGUACGCCAAGGGCAUCAACAAGAAGGAGUACUGGGGCUACACGUACGAGGACUCGCUGGACCUGAUCGCCAAGCUGCCCACGAUUGCCGCGCGCAUCUACCAGAACGUUUUCAAGGGCGGCAAGGUCGCCGCGGUCCAGAAGGACCAGGACUACGGCUUCAACUUUGCCAACCAGCUCGGCUUCGGCAGCAACACCGACUUUGUCGAGAUGCUGCGUCUGUACCUGACCAUCCACUCCGACCACGAGGGUGGCAACGUCAGCGCCCACACUACCCACCUGGUCGGCAGCGCCCUGAGCUCGCCCUACCUCUCGGUGGCCGCUGGCCUGAACGGUCUGGCUGGCCCGCUUCAUGGCCUGGCCAACCAGGAGGUGCUCAACUGGCUCACCGAGAUGAAGAAGGCGAUCGGCGACGACAUCAGCGACGCCAAGAUCACCGAGUACCUGUGGGCGACGCUCAACAGCGGCCGUGUCGUGCCGGGCUACGGCCACGCUGUGCUCCGCAAGACGGACCCUCGCUACACCGCCCAGCGCGAGUUUGCUCUCGCCAAGCUGCCGGAUGACCCCCUGUUUAAGCUGGUCAGCCAGGUGUACAAGAUCGCCCCUGGCGUCCUGACCGAGCACGGCAAGACCAAGAACCCGUACCCCAACGUCGACGCCCACUCUGGCGUGCUCCUGCAGCACUACGGCCUGACCGAGUCGAGCUUCUACACCGUCCUGUUCGGUGUGUCCCGCGCCAUUGGCGUGCUGCCGCAGCUGAUCAUCGACCGCGCCGUUGGUGCCCCCAUUGAGCGGCCCAAGUCCUUCUCGACUGCGAAGUACAUUGAGCUGGUCAAGAAGCUGUAA